AUGAUGGCGUCGUCUUCUUCUUCGGGCUCUCGCGAGGGGCACUACAGAGGUGUGAGGAAGCGACCCUGGGGACGCUACGCCGCCGAAAUACGUGACCCCUGGAAGAAGACACGUGUCUGGUUAGGCACAUUCGAUACUCCCGAGGAGGCCGCCCUCGCCUACGACGGCGCCGCGCGCUCCCUCCGCGGCGCCAAGGCCAAGACCAACUUCCCCCCGGCACCCUCCCUCUGUCUCGACCUCAACGUUCCUUCCUCCGAUCACCGCUGGCCCAACGUUCCCUCCCGCACCCUCGUCCUCACCGAGUUCCUCCACACCGCCGUUCUCAAAGACAUCGAACCGCCGCAGCCUCUUCCCCCUGCAGCCGCCGCUCUCCGCCGCACGGACGGAGGUGUUCCCCUCGGUGGCGGAGGUCAGGUCGUAGAGAGCUCCCAAACGGCUUCGUAUUUGGGACUCGUUCGACGCGGGAUCCCCAUCGACUUGAACGAGCCUCCACCGUUGUGGCUAUGA